GUUAUAGUAAUGAUGAGGAUCAAUUCGUUUGCAUUGGUUGCUGAUUACUAGUUUGGUCUAAAAUUUUUUUUAACAUUUCAUGGAUUAAUAAAUAAAAAGGUUGUUUUUUUAUUAGUAUAUUCCUUCAAAAUGUUCAGCCUUAAAACUUUACAGGCUAUUUUAAGAACUGAGAAAUAUUUUCAUCAAAGCUCAAGAAACAAUCAUCCUUAUAAAGUAACCAAUUAUAAAUCAUAUGAACUUUCUGAAGAGUUAUGUAAAAAUAUAGUUUAUCAUGACAAUGACAUAGUUGUCCUUAAUAAACCACAAGGAGUUAGUUUAGGACAGAAUGCUGAGUUAAGAGGAAAAGGUUUAACUUUUGAUGUUGUUCGUCCAUUCUUGAUGAAGAGCUUGGACUGCAAAGAAUUAUAUCCAGCCAAAGUUCCAGAAAGGUAUGCAUCUGGAGUAGCAAUAUACUGCAAAAAUCAACCAAUGCUAAACAGAGUUCAAAAAUGUUUGAGAUCAAUGACGUGUAUUAAACAUCCAGCAGAGUUCUAUGAAUGUAUUGUUAUAGGGCAGCCCUCUAUUCGAGAAGGAAAUUUUGUAGGUGGCAUAACUGUAACAUCACCCAAAAAUGAUAAUAAGAAGAGAGGGAUUAAAUUAGUGACAGAAUUUAGCAGAAAUAGAGUCAAGAAUGGCGAAGUCAAACCAGUCAAAUUGGAACACUCAACUCUUUCAGAAAAUGAUUAUGCUUCAAGACUGGUUAUAUCUACGACCUGCAGAAAACAUCAUUCUGUACGUGUUUAUGCUGCUACUGAAAUUAUUAGUCCUAUUUUAGGAGAUCAUGUUUUCGGAAGAUUUGUUAGAACUAUUCUUGGAAAAUCAGUUCUAAUUAAUCAGUUUAGCCAGACUGCUCAACAACCACAAAAAUUAUCUACAGAUCUGUUAUCCAAGUUAGAACUUUCUUCGAGGAAUGAUAUUGAGAUACCAUUACAUCUCCACCUGUUUAAGAUUCAACUAAAAGAUAUUUUUGGAGCGAAUAAACAUUUGGAAUUUACUGCUAAACCACCGGACUACUUCAUCUGGACUUGUGAAACCCUUCAUCUAAAUGAAGACUCAGUUGCUUCUGCUGUAAACUGAUUUAACACAAGAUUUAUUUUGUAAAUAAAUGUACAUAGAUAUUGUAUGAUAUUUCUGUAAAUUAAAUCAAUAAAUGCCACUUUGUUCAUG